AGGAAAAGUUCAAAACUUGGGGCGCUACAACUUAUACAGAGAAUAGAAAACCUUUUCUAAUCUUUAUAAAGGGUUUUCUGAACAAUAUUUGUUUUGGACUACAGUACCAUUGCAAGCCUGGAUAUAUGCUGAAAGGAAAACCUGUUGCAUUCUGCAGCAACAAUGGGGAAUGGUCGAACAGCUCACCAUACUGUGUAAAGGCAUGUACCUACCCUGGAGCGGCAAUACGAGGAAGCAUGGAUUCGGUCAAGUUUUAUUACAGUAUUGGAGAAGAAGUGAAUUUUAAGUGCUCUGCUAAUCUAACAAUGAAAGGAGAACCAAGAAUAAAAUGUCUGAAUUCAGGAACAUGGUCUUCUGAAAUCCCAGUCUGUUUAGAGUAAAGAUGGUCGAUUAUAUUUAUUGGUAAUAAAAAUUCCAAUUUAGAAUUGAUUGGUCAAUUCAAUCUGAUGGAGCUCAACCAAAAAGUCAAUUUAUAAAAUAUAGGAUUACUCAGAUAGAACAAAACUUUUUUUGCCGAAAAACUUUUGUUCAUGUUAACGUAAAAUGUAUAAAAGUUAAAAGAGAAAAUGCUUUAUUCAAAUUAUUAUGCAUUACAACCAUAUCUCGAGACACUUUCCGAGAAAUAUACUUUUCAAUUUAACUAAAAUUAACAUCUUUUGAAAAAUUGUAAAAGUUUCCAAUAAAUCGAAAAUUUCUUUCCUUUCGUAAAGAUAUUGUAUAUUUCCUGAAAAUUAGACUUUUGUGUGCAUAUAUAUUGCGAACAUUUUGCGCAAACAGUGCAAACAUUUUGCGCAAAUAGACAGAUAAAGACAUUUUUAAUUCAUUUCAACUAACAUUAAAUAGAAGGAAGAAUAAUUAAAAAAGAUUUAUAGUGAAAAUUGCACGUAUAAAGUUUUUUGCUCAAAAUUCAUUUUCGCACAAAAAAUGUUUUCAUACCACUGCGCAAAUUUGCCCCCAGUGAAAACCCUACUAAUAUCUGCACUAACAUACGAAUUUAAUAAAUAUAAAAUUGA